AGGGCACAAUCACAGGUGCCUCCGCGUCGUUUUCGAUUCCGGCGAUUAGAACGCCUGCGGGCGGGGAAUUCACUGCCUCCUCCUUCUUUUUCAUGGGACUCGGUAUUGAUUGGACUCAGUGCUCGAACGGCUUUAUGGGUGGUAUUGAGGCCUCCACUGCGAAUGGUUCAGCGACCUUUAGUGGUCAGUCCGCGCUCCUUGCGCUCCUCCUCGCAUGCUGACAAACCAUCUACGUUCUCGCAGCCGUUGUAAUGAAUUCCACUGGCCAGAUCGUCGACAUCCCGAACUUCAACGUCUCGGCAGGCGACAACAUCACGAUAAGCCUCAACGCGACGAGCACGACGUCGGGCACGGUGUACAUUAUCAACCAGAGCACGGGCCAGAACGUCUCCGAGGUUGUCCCUACCGGCCCUCUGUGCUUGGAGGAAGCAGACUGGCUCGUAACGGACCUCAUUUUGGGGGGGACCCCAGUCCCUUUGGCAGCCUUUGGCUCAAUUGACUUCGCUAAUGCGUCCGCCCAGACCCCCUCAGGUCCUCUCGACCUCUCUGGCGCGAUGGUUCUCGACAUCAGUCAGAACAACACUGUUCUUACUUCCUCUUCGGUCACGUCCUCGAACGUCACGGUCAUCGACCUCAAUGCGGUAUAAGGAAUGUAGAUUUUGUGGGUCUCGGGAAGUGGAAAAGAGACGGCCUAUCAUCUGUUUGUAUAUCUCGUGUGGUGCUAACAGAAGGGCCAGUAUUUUAUGAACACUCCUUGUACGACUGGUUUGUAUAUUCUGCGUGUAGUCAGAAGGACGAUACUUAUUCGAUACUGUUUGUGUCGCUGGACGAAA